GUUGGUCUUGCCAGCAGUCGGGCGGUGGACAAGCUCUAGACAAGGAAGUUAGUAUUUUAAUAAGAAGAAUGUGAUUAAUGCCUCAAUAUAAAUCAUUCUUAUCAGUUUAAUAAUCCACAGGUAAUACUACAGGAUCAGCAGUUGAAAUGGAGGAGACGGACAGGGAGGCUGUUGCAACAGCCAUACAAAGAGUUGCUGGGAUGCUGCAAAGACCAGACCAGUUAGACAAAGUGGAACAGUACCGCAGGAGGGAGGCUCGCAAAAAGGCCUCAGUGGAGGCUAGACUCAAGGCGGCUAUUCAGUCUCAACUCGACGGGGUACGAACUGGUCUAAGUCAACUCCAUAAUGCCUUGGGGGACGUGAAGGACAUCCAGCAGUCCCUGGGAGACGUUAGCAAGGACUGGAGACAGAGCAUCAACACCAUAGAGAACUUGAAGGAUGUGAAGGAUGCUGUCGUGCAGCACAGUCAAUUGGCUGCAGCUGUGGAGAACCUCAAAAACAUUUUCUCAGUGCCAGAGAUAGUCCAGGAGGCUCAUGGCCUGAUUGAGCAAGCGGAGCUUCUACAAGCCCACCGCAAGCUGAUGGACCUGGAGUGCUCAAGGGACGACCUCAUGUACGAGCAGUACCGCAUGGACGUCAAGAACACGCACGACAUGAACCUCAUCCGCAGUUACUUUGGGGAGGUGCAGAAUCUCUCUGAGGAGCUGGCCAAGCAGCUGUGGAUGGUGCUCCAGAGGUCUUUGCUCACCGUCCGUCGGGACCCCACAAUGGUGGUCUCUGUGGUGCGCAUCAUUGAACGCGAGGAGAAGAUCGACAGGCGAAUGCUCGACCGUAAGAAGCAGACAGGCUUCAUCCCGCCUGGUAGACCCAAGAAAUGGAAGGAGAAGAUGUUUGAAGUUCUGGAAAGGACUGUGAGCACCAGGAUUGAGGGUAGUCAGUCAGACACCCGCGAAUCUGAUAAAAUGUGGCUUGUACGCCUCCUGGAGAUCACUCGCAAAUACGUGCAGGACGAUCUUAUUGUGAUUAAGAACCUGAUGAUCCAGUGUUUCCCGCCUAACUACGACAUUUUAAACAAAUUCUUCACCCUGUAUCACAAGGCACUGUCGGUGCGUAUCGAGGAACUUGCUUCAGAAGACCUUGAGGCUAAUGAAAUUGUUUCCCUUCUCACCUGGGUUCUGAACACAUACAAAAGUGCAGAGAUGAUGGGACACCCAGAAUUAACCACAGAAAUGGACGUAAACAGCAUGGGCCCUCUGCUUCCGCAAGAGGUCGUAGAUCAGCUACUCAGCAAGUAUAUACAGAUUUUUACGUCAAACAUCACUGGCUGGUUACGGAAAGCUCUAGAAACUGACAAGAAGGACUGGAAGAAAGAUACGGAACCAGAAGCUGACCAAGAUGGUUACUAUCAGACCACACUGCCUGCCAUUGUCUUCCAGAUGUUUGAACAAAAUCUUCAAGUGGCUGCUCAGAUUGAUGAAAUAUUUAAGCAGGAGGUGCUGCGUCUGUGUUUGAAACAGAUGACCUCCUUUUUAAUUAGGUACAGGGAAGAAGCAAUUGCUUACAAAGAAGAUCAUAUGAGAGAUAGACAACAUCCUCAGUGCUAUGUUCAGUAUAUGAUUGCUAUUAUCAACAACUGCCAAACCUUUAAAGAGUCCAUAAGCAGCUUAAAGAAGAAGUAUUCCAAAACAGAAUUUAAUGAAAAUGACGCUGCCAUCAACUCAACAUUAGACAGUGUGGCAAAAGAUGGAUGUGUGUAUCUGUUGGAUGAAGUCUUUAUGGAUCUGGAGCAACAUCUCAACGAGCUUAUGACUAAAAAAUGGCUGAGCGGAUCCAACGCUGUGGAUACCAUUUGCGUCACAAUAGAGGAUUAUUUUAAUGACUUUGCCAAAAUUAAGAAGCCAUACAACAAGGAGAUGACAUUUGAGGCCCAUCGGAGGGUGGUCAUUGAAUACAUUAAGGCAGUCAUGCAAAAAAGAAUAGCUUUCAAAAAUCCAGAUGAGCGAAAAGAGGGAGCAGAAAGAAUGAUCAAGGAAGCGGAACAGUUUAAAUUUCUUUUCAGGAAACUUUCAGCAGGUUUAGGUGAGGAUACCGAUAGGUUGUGUGAUACCAUUGUUGCUUUGGCAGAAGUUUUUAAACUCACCGACCCUACCUUGCUGUAUCUUGAAGUAUCUACACUCGUCUCAAAAUACCCGGAUAUCAGGGAAGACCACAUUUUAGCUUUGUUGGCGGUGCGUGGAGAUGCCAGUCGGGAGAUGAAGCAGACGAUUAUCGAAACUCUGAAUCAAAACAAAUCCUUGUCGACUGUAAACGUACAGCCAGUUUUCAGAGAUAUUGUUGUCCCAACUAUGACAGUGACUAAACUACUGAAAUAAAUGUCAAACAAAAAAAAGAUGGACUGAUGUGAGAAGACACUUUUCUGAAGUACAAUAUAGAUUUCAUUUGAGGGGAAAAAAAAUCUGAACAGAUUUUAAUUAAUUUGUGUGUGCACUUUUAAAAUGAAAUAAGGAUAAGGGGAAACUUGUGAGUGUUUAGUGUUGUUACAACAUAAUAUAGCUGCCAUAAGAUGACAUGAAAAUGACUGUUUUAGUUAAAGACUAUAGGUGGAUUACCUUAAAAGUUCAUACUUGAUGUACAGAGAAUAGUUUUCGCCUCUUUUUAUAUGCGAUUUGACUAAAAAGGCACAUUUGAAAACAUUUGUUAAUUUUCACAAAUAAAUACAUUUGGUGUUGGUGCAUGUAUGUUCAGUCUCUGGAGGCUCUUUUCUUAAUUUACAGUUUGGACCAUAUCAACAGUUAUCCUACUUGGAGUGGCUGUCAUUUACACAUACAAUGGUUUCUAACCCAUGAUUUAACAUUUUAUUUUCCUGUUGGGCCAUGCCAUUGCAAUUUAUAUGGAAGAAUUGGUCUGAUAUUGAUGACUUAGCCAUUCCCUUUAUUUUUUAAUUGUUUUUCUAUAAUAUAUACCAGGCAGUUCAACCUAAGAAUGUAAAAAGUAAUCUCUAUCAUUGUAUUCCUAAUUCGACACUCAUCGCAGUAUGAGAGUCCACAUCAAUAAAUAAAUAAAUAAUUCACAUCAGGCUUUAAUGGUAGAAGUAACAGUUUACACUAAACUCAUUAAAACCUCCAAAGGAGAUGGCUCCAUGAAAUUGGGUCCAUUUGUUGUUUAUUUGUAUCUUACAAUAUAUACCAUUUUAAGCUCUUUGAGUCAUUAUAAUGCUUAAUCUCAAGAAAUGUCAAAGGAACUGCUUGCUAGAGGGAAAUGUAAUUCUAAAAGUCUGGGGUAUCUGCUGAUUUGCAGUCACAGCUUUAUUGAGAGUUUACCUAUUGAGAUGUUAAUCCUUUUUCUGUAUGUGUGGCGUGACUCUUAACAUUUCUACUUGAUGUACCUUCUGAUUUCAUUUUUUGCCCCCAGUGUUCUUUGUAAUGUUUUCACAUGUUAUUUUUUUUUUUUUAUUUGCUUCUGACAAUCCUGCCAGAAACCAUUAUGUUCUACCUUAUAUAUCAAUGUAUUAAUCCCAUACAAAAAUACCACGAUAAAGCUGAAGUUUUAUGAAACAUUA